AGUCAAUCGGUCGGUCGGUCGGUCGAUCCGUUACUUGGUGCCAGUGCUAAUCAGUUGGGUGACAGAGCCGCUUGGGUACGGAUCGACGCUCUGAACGCGACAUGCGAAUAUUACUGCCGCGUCGUGUGUAGCUGCGCGAGAUAGAGACAGAGAGAGAGAGAUAGCGCGAGUGAGUGAGUGAAAAAAAAGCAAAGUGCUAAAGUGCGAAGUUGCUUUUAAGGCCUCCCUACUCCCUACGAUCGGAGCCCCUUUCGGUGUGAAAGUGAUUGGUGUAUCAGUUAAAUAACUUCCGGUUUGUGUGGGAUUAUGUUUUUUUUUUGUUUUUCGGUAGCCGAUCUACAAAAACAACGAUAAAAACAUGAACGCGGAAAAUAGUGCAGCAAGAUUGAUUGCGGCAGGAGUGAUGUGGCUGCAACUACUCACGAUUAUUCAAUUAGGCCAAGCGCAGCGAUUUAUUGGUGAUCGCGUGUACGAGCCCAAGAUCUCCGACCUGUACAUUACGGUGAACGCGCGUCAUCAGACGCUCGAGCUGACUUGGCGAAACUUUGACGACCCCGACGGGUACAUCUUGUUGACGGAAGAUUUCCCCAUUAAAGCGUUUCAGCAGAAGUUCUACUACUAUACCGUGCGUGAGGAACUGUCAUCGUCAACGGAAGCGAGCGACUCGGAAAGUAGCACCGAUGUGUCUCUCGGCGAAGAAGGUAGUGGCGGCGAGGAAGGAACGGAACCGACGGUGACAACGACGGAAGACCCGGUGAUUGCAACCACGCAGAUGGUGGAAAUUUAUUGGGAGUACGACGUUCGCGAUGAGUACGGAGAACGCAAGAAGGAGGUGCUGUUUGCGAUUAAGCCAAUCUUCAAGAACGGAUGGACCAUGACUGAUAUUAUCUUCAACCGAGAGCUGAUGGAACGCGUUGACAUCACAACCACCUGCUACGGGUAUUAUGCAUACUUUAUCAAUGCCAACGGUACGAUUCAAUCCGAGCACUGCAUGAAGCUCUACCCGACGUGGAUGAACGACCUUCGGACACAUCUGGGUCAGUUCCGGAUGCGAGAGUUAUUCAUUCCCGGUACGCACGAUUCGGCUUCGUUUAAGAAGAAUUUCAAUCAUCAACAUCAGGAGAACAUCGUAACGAAAUACACACUAACUCAGGACGAUGACAUCAGGCAGCAGUUGUUGCAGGGAAUUCGGUAUAUCGACCUAAGGGUCGGUUAUUACCGAUCAACGAAUCCGCUGUUUUGGGCGAACCAUGGCAUAUCGAGACUGCACCCGUUGAAGAACAUUCUGCAGCAGGUCAGAGAUUACGCCCUGGAAACGAAUGAGAUUAUCAUCUUGGAUGUGCAGGAAUUCCCGGUUGGAUUCGGUAAGGACUACGCUAUUCACGACAAACUGGUCCGUCUGUUGAACGAAACGUUGUUCGAGGUUAUGGCUGAUGCGGCCAUUACCUGGAGCGAACGACUGGAGGACGUUUGGGCUCAGAACAAAACCGUGAUCUUGUGCUACGAUCAUGAAUAUGUCAUCCGAAGUUACUCGCACCUGGUGUGGCGAUCGACAGAGCAAAAAUGGGGUGACGUGCAGAGUAUGGAAGGACUGAAAAAUUAUCUGUUCCGGAUCCACCAGCGACACAUGUUCAGUUUUUCGAAUCGCCCGGUAACCGAUAUGGCGGAACUCACGCCCGAUCCGUGGGGUGUGAUCACCGAUCGUUACGGUGGCCUGCGAAAAAUGGCCGAUUCCGUGAAUCGAUUCGUUAGCAAGUGGUACUUUGAGGAACUCGGUCCGUCCGCCAACAUCGUCGCCGUAGACUUCGUGCGCGGAACCAGCAUAAUCGAUGCAGCCAUUUACUGGAAUUUGAAACGGAUGCCCAGCGAUCAUUAGAAAAUAAAUCGAAUGGAACUUUU